AUGACCAAUCAGAGCCUCUCGCCGAGCCACCCAAGCUUUAGACCUCGACGUGUGCAGAACGAAUUGAUCGCAGCCAUGAAUAUCUCACACGAAGUGCAGCAGCUGUUCCAGCCCUAUGACUUCGAGCGGUCGCAGGACAUAAGGCCCUUUCUAGAGGAGUACUGGGCAACCUGUUUCCCCAUAGUUCUGAUCUACCUGCUGCUCAUCAUUGUGGGGCAGAACUACAUGAAGGCACGGAAGGGCUUCAACCUGCAGGGGCCUCUCAUCCUCUGGUCCUUCUGCCUUGCAAUCUUCAGUAUUCUGGGUGCAGUGAGGACGUGGGGCUUUAUGGGGGCUGUGCUACUCAGAGGGGGCCUAAAGCAAACGGUGUGCUUCGUCAACUUCCUGGACAGUUUCAUAGUGAAGUUCUGGUCCUGCCUUUUUCUUCUCAGCAAGAUCAUUGAACUCGGAGACACAGCCUUCAUCAUCCUGCGUAAGCGGCCACUCAUUUUUGUGCACUGGUACCACCACAGCACAGUGCUAAUAUAUACAAGCUUUGGAUACAAGAACAAAGUGCCUGCAGGUGGCUGGUUCAUGACGAUGAACUUCGGUGUACAUGCCAUCAUGUACACCUACUACACUCUGAAGGCUGCCAACGUGAAGCCCCCCAAGUUGCUUCCUAUGCUCAUCACCAGCCUGCAGAUCCUGCAGAUGCUUAUAGGAGCCAUCGUCGGCCUACUGACUUACAUCUGGAGGCAGGAACAGGGAUGCCACACCACAGGGGAACACUUCUUCUGGUCCUUCGUCUUGUAUACAACCUACUUUAUCCUCUUUGCCCACUUCUUCCGCCAAACCUACAUCAGGCCCAAGGUCAAAGCCAAGACCAAGAGCCAGUGAAAGGUUGGAGAGAACAAUGAAACCCCAGGCUUUCUCUUCCCCAGGGGACUGAGGUGCUGUGCUUAGGUUUGGGAGAAUGAUUAGGGUGCCUUACCUGCAUGGUUUCCUCACAGGAUGUGUGUACCAUGGGAGGUGGUAGGAAGUUAUGACAGACCAGAAGGGUCACCCCUGAGAUAAGGGUGUGGUCAGAUACUUUGAUAUUUCUGUUUUUAAUGUGAAGGCCAAGCAGGCCCUGGGAUGGGGGUGGGACUAAAGAGGGUCCCCACAGCUGAGUUAUUUAUAUUUCUAUCCAGAAAUCCUUCUUCUUCUUGCUUUAUUUUUUUAAUUAAAGAUUUCAA